AUAUUGGUGUUAGAUGAACUGGAUUACGACCGGUUUGAAAUGGGUAGAGAACUUCAACAGUGUCUUGCUUCCAUUACAGAUGAGCAAAGAAAGGUUUAUGAUGUAGUCAUGGAUGCAGUAACCAAUGACAGUGGUGGAAUGUUCUUUCUAUAUGGCCAUGGUGGAACGGGAAAGACGUUUCUAUGGAAAACUCUUUCGGCUGCAGUUCGUUCGAAUGGAGAGAUUGUAAUUAACGUUGCAUCGAGUGGUAUAGCAUCGUUAUUGCUCCCCGGUGGAAGAACAGCUCAUUCUCGAUUUGGACUACCCAUAAAUGUACAUGAGAGUUCCACCUGCAGCAUAUCGCAACAAAGUCCACAUGUAGAGUUGCUCAUAAGGGCAAAACUUAUUAUAUGGGACGAGGCUCCUAUGAUGCAUAGAUACUGUUUUGAAGCCCUUGACAAGACAAUGAAGUCAAUAUUACAGGCUGACAAACCCUUUGGUGGUAAGGUGGUUGUUCUUGGAGGUGAUUUUAGGCAGAUUUUACCAGUUGUGCUCAGAGCAUCAAGGCAGGACAUAGUACAUGCUACGAUAAACUCCUCUCCGCUGUGGAAUUUCUGUCGUGUCACGAAGUUGACUAAGAACAUGCUAUUGCAGUCAUGUUCUUCUCCAUCUAAUGUGGAUGAGAUAAAAGAAUUUGGAGACUGGAUACUAAAUGUUGGUAAUGGGGAUGUUGGGGAAGACAAUGAUGGUGAAGCUUCGAUAGAGAUUCCAGAUGACAUGUUGAUUUGUGAUUCAUAA